GGCUGCACUGCGGAUACCGGCAAGGGCGAGCCGCUGCCCCCGCCUCCAGCGCCGGCCAGGACACCGGAGGCGCCGCCGCUCAGCCGGCUCCGGCCACCAGGUUGUGUUUUCUGUUUACAAGCCUGAAGAUGGCUGCUGCUGCUUCCUGCAAUGUGGAAGAAGACGAGAGCCUGAAGGGAUGUGAACUCUAUGUUCAGAAACACAACAUCCAACAGAUUCUAAAAGAAUGCAUUGUAAACCUCUGUAUAGCAAAGCCAGACCGACCCAUGAAGUUCCUCAGAGAACACUUUGAAAAAUUAGAAAAGGAGGAAUGCAAGCAGAUCCUGGCCCGGCAGAAGUCCAGCUCCCAGUCGGAUUCCCACGACGAUGAGGUUUCGCCGCCGCCGCCCAACCCGGUGGUGAAGGCGCGGCGCCGGCGCGGCGGCGUCAGCGCAGAGGUGUACACGGAGGAGGAUGCUGUGUCCUAUGUCAGAAAGGUUAUUCCAAAGGACUAUAAAACUAUGACUGCUCUGGCCAAGGCCAUCUCCAAGAACGUGCUCUUUGCUCAUCUUGAUGACAAUGAACGGAGCGACAUAUUCGAUGCCAUGUUCCCUGUCACACACAUCGCAGGAGAAACAGUCAUACAACAGGGUGAUGAGGGAGACAACUUCUAUGUGAUUGACCAAGGCGAGGUGGAUGUUUAUGUCAACGGGGAGUGGGUGACCAGCAUUGGGGAAGGAGGCAGCUUCGGGGAGCUGGCGCUCAUCUACGGAACCCCCCGCGCUGCCACCGUCAAGGCCAAGACAGACCUGAAGCUCUGGGGCAUCGACAGAGACAGCUACAGACGCAUCCUAAUGGGCAGCACUCUGAGGAAGCGGAAGAUGUACGAAGAGUUCCUGAGCAAGGUCUCCAUUUUGGAGUCCCUGGACAAAUGGGAGAGGCUGACAGUGGCUGAUGCACUGGAACCUGUCCAGUUUGAAGAUGGAGAAAAAAUUGUUGUGCAGGGAGAGCCUGGUGAUGACUUCUUCAUUAUUACAGAGGGCACAGCCUCUGUGCUGCAGCGCAGGUCUGACAAUGAGGAGUACGUCGAAGUUGGAAGACUCGGUCCCUCAGAUUAUUUUGGUGAGAUAGCCUUGCUGCUCAACCGGCCCCGGGCAGCCACGGUGGUGGCACGAGGACCCCUCAAGUGCGUGAAGCUGGACCGGCCCCGCUUCGAGCGAGUGCUCGGCCCCUGCUCCGAGAUCCUCAAGAGAAACAUUCAGAGAUACAACAGCUUCAUUUCGCUCACUGUCUAAAUGAUUCCUCUGGAAAGCUGCCUUCAUGUGACCUUGUGCACUUCAAAUUUGCUCUGUGCAGCUCCACAGCUUUAUGAAGAAAAAAAAAAAAAGAA